AUGGCAGGCACGCGCGGGAGACUGCGCAAGACAAACGAUGCGCCGGCUCCCAGGCGCUCGCUGCGCAAAAGGGACACGAAAGAGGAGGAGGAUGACGGACUGCCCGAUGUUUUGCGCGAGAUGCUGCACGAGGACCGAGUCGCCAAGAGAGCCGCCGAAGAAGAGGACAAGAAGCCGCUGAAGAAGCGCAAGACGGCGCAUAUCCAGCGGACCUCGAGCCCAGCACCGCCAUCACUGCCGCCCACGCUACUGCCCUAUGAGCCACCACACCAGCCUGGUCGCGUGCGCCAGACAGUCGAAGACUCGGACGAAUCCGACGACGACAGCGACAUGGAGUGGGAAGACGCCCUGGGCGAACGUGGAGACGGUGGGGACAGCGACGACGACGACGACGGCCAUGUGAAAGCGGCGCCUGAGAUUGGCGAUGUCUCCAUCACAAUCGGCGGCAGGAAGAGUGACGAAGUAUCAACUAAGAAGAAAGUGCGCCGAAGGGCCAUCACCUCAGUAGAUCGCAAGCGCCGUCUGGACAUACACAAGAUGCACGUACUGUGCCUGCUGUACCACGUCCACCGUAGGAAUGCCUGGUGCAAUGACGCGAGGGUGCAGUCUGCGCUGCGCAGGCUCGUAGAGCCCAAGACCCUGACGAAUCUCGUCCCUAACCCAGACCUCACCCAGUACUCGGCAUCGAAGCGCUUCGUAGAUGCUCUGAAUGACUUGAAAACAAUGUGGUCGAAGCGCUUCAAAGCGACUGCCCAGGGUAUGUCAAAGCCAAAGUGGGCAGAGCCAGGUGCAGAAGUGCGACCCUUCUCCGACUUCGACGAGCUCGACAGCGCCAUGGAUAAGGACGACUUCCGCACAUCUGCGCGCACAUUGCAAGGCUCAUGCGACGUUGGUGGGCAGCUGUUCUGUGCUCUUCUGCGUGGGAUCGGCAUUGAAACACGCUUGGUAUGCUCUUUGCAGGAGCUGCCCUUUGCCUCCGCAGCACAGCCAUCCACGCCUCAGAAGCCAGUCCAAUCUUCAAAGACCAUCACUGUAGACCCAUACAACAAAGCUCCCGCCAGCCCGGCGCCCACGCGCACCAAAAAGCUCUCCCGACUCGAGCGCAUCAUGGGCGAACGCCAUCCCGUGCUGAACAAAGCAGGCACUGGACCGAAGAAGCUAAAAGCCUACCACACUCCCUACCCGGUCUACUGGGUAGAAGCAUUCAACUCUGCCCACCAGAAAUGGAUGCCCAUCGAUCCGCUGUCCACAUUCACCGUCAACGCCCCAGAGAAGCUAGAGCCACCCUUCAGCCACACGCAGAACAGCCUGACGUAUGCCAUUGCCUUCGAAGAUGACUGUACAGCACGCGAUGUGACUCGCCGCUACGCCAAAGCCUACAACGCCAAAACGCUCAAGUUCCGCGUCGAGUCCACACCGCAUGGUUCGAAAUGGUGGGUGCGCACGUUAAGAUAUUUCACCCGACGCCUUCCCCUCCCUAGAGACGAGGCCGAAGACGCAACGCUCGCCCGCAAGGUCGCGGCAGAAGGUAUACCCAAGAACGUGCAGGACUUCAAAACCCACCCUAUCUACGUCCUGGAGCGGCAUCUUAAACACAACGAGGUCAUUCACCCACUCGACGUUGUGGGCAAAGUCAAUGUCGGCAGCAGCAUGAAUCCACGUAUGGAGCCCAUUUACCGCCGCAAAAACGUACACACUGUCCGCAGCGCAGACAAGUGGUACCGCAUGGGCCGAGACGUCAAGCCCGGUGAGCAGCCGCUCAAACACGCAAAACCGAAAAAGGGGCGCCUACCCUCCAUUGGCCCUGACGAGCACCUUGAAGACCAGCAGGAUGAGAUUGGCGCAGCGCUGUAUGCAGAGUUCCAGACCGAACUAUACAUCCCGCCGCCCGUUGUCCGCGGCAGAGUCCCCCGCAACGUCUACGGCAACCUCGAUCUGUAUGUGCCCUCGAUGUGUCCGCCCGGCGGCGAGCACAUCCGGCACAAACUGGCUUCAAAAGCAGCUCGCAUGCUGCAAGUCGACUUCGCCGACGCCGUCACGGGAUUCUCGUUCAAAGGCCGCCACGGCACAGCUAUCGUCCAGGGCUGUGUUGUCGCUGCCGAGUACGCUGACGCAGUUACCACGACUAUCGAGGGCAUUGAGUACCUGCAGGAGCAGGCUGAGGUGGAUGCUCGGCGGGCCGAGACGUUGCGUUUGUGGCGACGGUUCUAUCUUGGCUUACGAAUCGCUCAGAGAGUCAACGCGAUCGAGAUUGACGGCGAAAGGGGGGACGUCAUCGACGUGCAGGCCUCGAUCAACCACGCUGAACAGCAGCGGCAGGCCGAUCAGAUGGCUGGCGGUUUUCUCGCUGAGGAUGCUGCAUUCGUAGAACCGAGUCGGCCGGCUAAACCGGAUAUCGACUUUGGCGGCGGCUUUGUCCCCGACGACGAAGACGUCGACGAAGGAGGCGGCUUCAUCCCCACCAACGACAGCAAAUCAGGCAGCGACCUCGACCUCGGCGGGCCAAGUCUCAACCGCCAAGAAUCCUUCGGCAGCGUGAUCCUCGAGUCUCAAGAACUGCGACCACGCAAACGAAGCAGUUUCGGCGAGGCAUACCUCUCCUCUACUCCCUCUCCACCCCGAAGCCGCAAGGAAGGAAGCGAGGACGAAGACGAGGAGAGCGAGUGGGAAGACCCAGCUGGCUUCCAGCAGCUGCGCCACAAGCAAAGUCCCGUCCCUGGCCCUGCCGCCGAACUGCCGGAGCGUGUUGCCGCCAACGAAGAAGGAGAAGACUCGGGCGCGGGCUUCUUCCUCCCGCCCACAGCGACGGACACGCACGCAGCCGUGCACAACGCCGUUGCGCCAGAGGAGGAGGAGCUCCAGCACGCUGCGGCCGGCGUAGAGGAUAUAGUGACUGUCAAACCUGAGGUCGCGGUGUCGACUACGCAGGAGCCAGCGCAUGAAACAGAGGUUAACGCGCCGGCAUCCUCGUCUUCAGACGCUGGCUCCCUUCCUCUCGAGGACCCGGAGGAUGAGGAUGCGGAGCCGGUUUGGCUAUAA